AUGGAGAUCUUCUGCUGCUUCAACGGGUGCACGCUGGCGCCGACGCCCGGCCAAGCCAAGUGCUCGUUCCACAAGAACCGAGGCAUGUGCAGUAUCGAAGCCUGUGUCAACCAAGUGUACGCCCGCGGCCUCUGCGUUCGCCACGGUGGCCGUCAACGUUGCUUUUACCACGGCUGCACGACUGCGGCGCGCGUCGAUGGCUACUGCAGUCGCCACGCGAAAGCAGUGGUCAGCGACAAGAGCACGACGACAGCUCUAUGCACGGAGUCCAAGGAUGCAUUCCUCGCCUUGGAUGUGCUUGGCGACUUGGAGUUCUUGCUGCCCGUGGAGAUAGAGACUCCGUUCCGAGGAGACGAGCUCGACGAAUCGAUCUUGACGUGCUUGAUCCAAGAAGAUGCAUGGGGUCUCGUCAUGCUCUGA